AUGCCUCCCCCGAAUCCGCAGGACCGUUCGAAUCCGUCCUCCCCACCCAUUCCCCUGGUUGACCUGGGCUAUCCAUCAGAAUCCGGCGAUCUAGGAGAUGGAAGGCGGCAACACACUCGCGGCAGAAGUCUUCUGGGGGGCGUAUCGCGGCCAACAAGUGGUGGUUAUGGAAAUGGGCCCAGAUACGAGAUGAUUGGGAAUAACUCACCAAGUCCUCCGAUGGGACGACCUCCCCAACGGCCAUUGCAAGCUCCAUCUUUAUCCAUCCAGCAAAGCAAUUAUGACGACCCAGGGACGCCAAUAUCACCGGUCGAUCCUGGGGCAUUUCAGAGCGCGAUGGGGUUUGCUGGGUUGCUGGUACCGGAUAUCAGUGUAUCGCAGCCUCCGCCAAUGUCGAGAACACAAUCCCCAUUCGGCCCAUAUGGUUCAGGAGAUUAUGAUGGGAUUUCUCCAUAUGGCGGAGACUCUGGAGACGAUUUGGCGUAUCAGGGCACUAGCUACUUUGAGGGACCAACAGAUACGGAUAGCAUACCUCUGACAGACACAAGUCACCUCCAACCUAUAGACGGAUCCGAGGCAUACAACUCGAGAGGGCAGCGGCACGAUAGAUCUGGAAGCUGGGAUGAUGUCAAUAUCAACGCUUCGGACUCCUCCAGGAGAAGGAGGAGUACAAGAAACAGACUUGGGGAUAAUCUUUCUUCAGCAGAACAAGGACACUCUCCCAGUAGUGGCCGUUCGCGGGCACAUAGUUAUGGAAAUGCUCUUACGCCAGAUGGUCGACAUCGAUCUAGAUCACCCUCGACGACAUCAGGCGCUUUUUUGCGAGCUGGGUCUAUAGUCAGAGCGAUGUCACAGCGUGUUGUGAACAUCAGUGGUGAGGCCGAAUUUAUCGAGGCCAGCGCUCGCCGCGCAACAACCAGAAUCUCUAGACAACCCAGUCUAUCGACGAUGGCAAGUUUGAGUGACGAAGAAGAAAUUCGAUUCCAACCCAAACACAAAAAAGACCCGCUUGCAGCUGGACCUAACCCGCAGGUCAAUUUACCGACAGCACCUGUUGAAAAAGCAAUGAAGUUUUUCGGGAAGGGCCAGCCAGAACCUUCAUUUGACGAGGAGACUGAGAAGCCUCCAAACCCUUUGCGGGGUAAAUCUCUAGGCAUAUUUUCUCAGGAUAGUAAAAUCAGAACAUGGCUUUGCGAUGUGCUGGUAUAUCCACUUACAGAACCGGUCAUUCUCAUCCUCAUCAUGGUUCAGACCGUGUUGCUUGCUGUCGAGUCAUCCAGAGAUGUAUUUACACAUCCACGUCCACCAGGCUGGGGCAGCACAGCGAAUGAUUACGCCAUUCUUGCUUUGUUUAUAGUCUUCACGUUUGAACUCGUUGCUCGUAUCAUAGUAUCUGGGCUCAUAAUCAAUGCUCCGGAAUACAGCGCCACAAGAAAAAAAGGAGGAAUCAAAGCGAUCAUCGCUGAUCGCUACCGUACAAUAUUCAAACCGGAAAGGCACAACUCGCAAAGAGGACCCCGUCCAAAUCCUCUUCUUAGCGCACAGACUGUCGUGCGCUCAUUUACCGCCAUUCAGGGAGAUAAAGUGAAGACUGUCGAACAAGCUCAGCGACUUCAAUUAGCAAGACGUGCGUUCCUGAGGCAUGGUUUCAACAGGCUUGACUUCGUAGCUGUAUUUGCUUUUUGGGUAGCUUUCGUCCUUGGUAUUACAAGAGUCGAAUCUGAUCGGCAUUUCUACGUUUUUCGGAUGUUGAGUUGUCUGCGAAUUCUUCGACUCCUAGCUUUGACGCACGGUACUGCAAUCAUUCUUCGAAGCUUGAAAAAAGCAGCACCAUUACUUGUGAACGUGUCUUUUCUUAUCGGAUUCUUCUGGCUUCUAUUCGCGAUCAUUGGUGUACAGAGCUUCAAAUCUAGCUUUGAUCGCCAAUGUGUAUGGGUAGACUCAACGGACCCGACCAACAGUACUGGUAGCGCCUGGGUAAAUUCUGGUCAAUUUUGUGGAGGCCAGUUUACGUUGGACGGACUCCAUGAGACUUGGAAACAUGGCCCUAUGAUCAAUACAGCUGCUAAGGAUCUCAUAUCAUCAAACAACAGUAUCAAGGGCUACCUGUGUCCAGCGGGGUCAUAUUGUCUAGAGCUGCCGCACGAAUUGCUUCCUUUCAAUGGGACCGUUAGCUUUGAUAAUAUAUUUCAGUCCCUGGAAUUGGUUUUUGUGGUCAUGACUGCGAAUACCUUUACUGACCUGAUGUAUUACACUAUGGACUCAGACUACUUGGCUGCAGCUCUAUUCUUUGCCGGUGGAAUUAUGAUCAUGAUGCUGUGGCUUCUCAAUUUGCUCAUUGCUGUCAUCACAUCAUCUUUUCAAGUUAUAAGAGAAGAGGGAAAGGCGAGCGCAUUCGCAGCUCAUGUGAAGAACAUGUUGCCGACACAUGAUCCAGAAGCUCCUCCACGCCUCGGAUCCCUCAAAAGGCUUUACGACAAGACGUAUUGGUUCUGGAUUGUUUGUAUCACUUACGACUUGGUGUGCCAAGCUGCACAGAGCGCUACCAUGUCUCCAACUCGAAAGGCAUUUAUUGGCAACUCGGAGAUAGUGGUUACCUUUAUACUGUUCAUCGAGAUAAUAAUUCGUUUUGCCGUUGACUGGCGAGGCUUUACUCGAAACAAAAAAAAUUGGUUCGAUCUUGGAAUAGCGGUGAUUACAAUGGUCAUUCUGAUUCCUCCUAUCCGGAACUCGGGGCAGCCAUACGCUUGGCUGACCGUUUUUCAAUUGAUCAGAGUCUACCGCGUAAUUAUCGCUGUACCCGUCACUCGAGAUCUCAUUACUCUCGUUUUGGGUAACGCGAGCGGUAUUGCUAACCUGAUGCUCUUUGUGUUUCUGAUUACGUUCCUCCUUUCGAUCUUCGCCGUGCAACUUCUACGAGGGGAAUUACCUUCGCAACUGGAUGGAGACGACGUCCAAGCCACUUUUUCUACAAUAUACAACGCCUUCCUGGGCAUGUAUCAGGUGCUGUCUAGUGAAAACUGGACCUCUAUACUCUAUAACGUCACUGGUGUGGGAAGGUCCCGAGAUUCCGCCUGGAUCGGAGCCGCAUUCUUUAUUGGAUGGUUCAUUCUUGCAAAUUUCAUCUUGGUGAAUAUGUUCAUAGCAGUCAUCCAAGAGAAUUUUGAUGUUUCAGAGGACGAGAAACGUAUGUACCAAGUGAAAGCUUUCUUGAAUAGGAAGGAGUUAGGUGGCGGGACCAGUAACCUAUCUCUCUCUGCCAUUUUCCGUUUCGGCAAGGCGAGAUCGACAAAAGACCCUUUAGAUUAUGGUCCAGCUACUAUGGAAAUGCUUCUCAAGGACGCUGUUGUCAAAGACUUUCUUGAUGAUGAAAUUCGGGCUGCUGAACAGACGACUCCAGCCCUGAAUACCCAACCAACAGAGCCGGUUAUAAUCACUCCAGGUUUGAUUACCCGACUGCGCGCAAGGUUUAAGAGAGGGAUAUUCAAUAGUGAACCAAAUCCGUUCUAUUCAAACAUCGAGUUCUCUACCCGAACCGACGAGACCACGGAUGCCAGAACAUUGGCGAAAGAAGCUGUAUCUGCGACAUCUCAACGCAAGAAAGCACAGCGAGAAUAUUUAGCUCGGCAUCCCACGUACAACAACGUUCUGUUCAUACUCGCCCCCACAAAUCCGAUCCGUCGUUUCUGUCAGAGAAUCGUUGGUCCAGGACGAGGAAUGGAAAGGUUCGAUGGCGUCGAACCCAACAGGGCGGUUUGGUAUGCAUUUUCAGCAUUCAUCUAUGCUGCAAUAGUAGCGAUGGUUCUUCUCGCUUGUGUGACCACUCCGCUAUAUCAAAAAGAGUAUUUCGAUCAGCACAGGUUCAGCGUGCAGAACUGGUUCGUGUGGGUCGACAUGUCGUUUGCUAUCGUAUUCUCGGUGGAAGCACUGAUCAAAAUUAUCGCGGAUGGCCUGUUCUUUACGCCCAACGCCUAUUUCAGAAGCUCGUGGGGGAUGAUCGAUGGUAUUGUGCUUAUAACUUUCUGGAUCAAUGUCAUAACCUCGCUCAUGGACGAUGGUGAGGUAUCAAGAGCUGUUGGGGCGUUUAAAGCAUUGCGCGCUCUAAGAUUACUCAACGUCAGUGACAGUGCUAGGGAGACCUUUCACUCACUGAUUGUCGUUGGAGGCGCCAAAUUCUUCUCCGCUGCUUUCGUCACUUUCUCCCUUUUGAUUCCAUUCGCCAUAUACGGCGUGAACCUUUUCAGCGGCCAGCUUGUCGCGUGCAACGACAAUGGUAGUGGUAUCACGCAAGUAGCUGACUGCUUCGGCGAAUAUGGGUCAACGCCUUUCAGCGGUAAUUGGCCAAUGAUUGCACCUCGAGUUGCAUCUAAUAACUGGUUCGACUUUGAUGACUUCCCGAGCUCCCUCUUCAUACUCUUCCAGAUCGUCUCUCAAGAGGGCUGGGUUGACGUUAUGUGGUCAGCGGAGAGCAUUGUUGGUCGAGGAUUACAGCCAAUAAUUCUCCAUUCCCAGGGUAACGCCGUCUUUUUUGUCAUUUUCAAUCUGCUCGCCACAGUCUUCGUACUUACCCUGUUUAUUUCCGUCUUUAUGCGAAAUUACACGGAACAGACUGGAGUUGCUUUCUUGACCGCGGAUCAAAGAUCAUGGCUGGAGUUGCGCAAGCUUCUCAAACAAGUGUCACCGUCCAAACGACCUUCCAGCACGCUUGGUAGAGGCUGGAAAGACUGGUGUUAUAAACGAGCUGUGCGUAAACAUGGAAAAUGGCAAAGAGCCAUGACGUUGGUUCUUGUCUUCCACCUUAUUUUGCUACUGAUCGAAUAUUACCCCGAACCCCGACCAUGGGACAGAGCCAGGAACUACAUAUUCCUCGUCUUCACAGUCUUUUACAUGUCCAACAUCGUCGUGCGCAUUGUCGGACUCAGUUGGUCUAGAUUCAGACGUAGCUCAUGGGAUGUGUUCUCGAUAUUUGCAAUUACGGGGACGCUGGUAUCAACAAUCAUACUGGAAGCGGACGGAGACCAGAGGCAGAUUUACGUUCAACUUCAUAAAUUGUUCCUUGUGUCUGUUGUUCUACUUUUGAUCCCGCGUAAUGACGCUCUGGAUCAACUCUUCAAAACUGCAGCUGCGAGUUUGACUAAUAUUGGAAACCUACUUGCCACAUGGUUUGUCUUCUUCAUUGUCUUCGCCAUUGCCAUGACUCAGACGUUUGGUCUCACAAGAUUUGGGCCAGAAGAAAGCGGCAAUCUCAAUUUCCGUAGCGUACCGAAAGCCCUUAUCCUCCUGUUUAGGAUGUCUGCCGGCGAAGGCUGGAACCAAAUAAUGGAAGACUUUGCGGGGAUAGAACCACCGCUCUGCAAUAGAAAUGAAAGCUUCUUCCAGAGUGACUGCGGGAGUGCUAAUUGGGCCAGAGCACUGUUCAUCUCCUGGAACAUUCUGAGCAUGUACAUCUUUACGAGUCUGUUCGUUUCUCUUAUCUACGAGAGUUUCAGUUACGUAUAUCAACAUUCCAGCGGUCUUGGUAAAGUCAGUCGAGAAGAGAUUCGACGAUUCAAACAAGCAUGGGCCACACUUGACCCCGAAGGAACAGGUUAUAUCACCAAAGAGCAAUUUCCCCGGCUGCUAGGUGAACUCUCGGGCGUGUUCGAGAUGCGUAUUUAUAGCCACGAAAAUUCUGUUAGAGGUAUCCUCGAAGAUAUUCAGGCACAGGGAACUUCCGGGCGAAUCUCUGCUUUGGCAACCGGAGGUGGUAGUUCGAGCGGAGUCAACCUAAAGUUGCUCAAUAAACGCCUUGCUCAAAUAGAUCCAGAGGAAGUCCGACGAGCAAGACAGCGCUAUAAUUUGUUCUUUGAGGAAGUCAUGGUAUCUGCAGACGUCGACCGUGGUAUCUCAUUUACCACAGUUCUUAUGAUCUUAGCGCAUUACAACGUCAUCAGUGAUAACAAAAGCUUGAAAUUAGAAGAGUUUCUGCGCCGACGAGCUCGCCUUCAAAGAGUCGAGGAAGAAAUCCGCAGGCGGAUUGUUCUGGGUUUCUUCGAUACUAUGUACUGGUCUAGAAGAUUCAGAAAGCAUCUUGAGAAAAAGAGAUCAGGGCGGAUGACCGCCGUCCCUAAUCUCGGCCCAGAGAUUUAUGUUGACGACGAUGAAGAAAUAGCGAAUCGAGCAAAAGCCAAGGCCAGUGCUAGAGCGUCAGAACGGCUGUCUCCCCAUGAUGGUGCACUUGAUGCUCGCAGUUCUUUUAUUGCUCACGGGUUGGAUGGGGCGCAAAGGCAUCGUCAUGCCGAGUCAUCCUCCAGUCUCGGGCCGUUUGGUACGUUUGGUGGCCCAUUAUCGCCCAGAAGUCCUCAAAGAUCACCCAAAUUAUCACCACAUCGUCCUACAAAUUCCGAUUUCAGCUUCGAAGCUGAUCAACAACUCUCUGCGCCCAAUUCGGCGAACGGUAGCCGACGCGGCAGCGAAGUCAGUGCUGAGAAUGUGCUUCAAGUUCUCGACAACUCGGCUUGGGGGGAGAGUAUCAGGCGCAGUUUUACUGUGAGACGACCAGAGCAGCACCGACGAGAAGGUCCCUGA